UCCAGAUUCCAGAUCGUUCUGGAAUGAUAUUUUAGAACCUUGGUUUGGGAUCUUCAUUUCCACUCGAUUUUGGGGAUUUUAUCCGACUCAUUCUUAUCCUCAACGAGACUAUGGCGUCCAUUAAUUGAUUUGCCUUCUCUCUCUUUUGUUCAAAUCUUCCCCUCGGUGGCCUUAGAGAUGAGCUGAUCUCCACCCACGUCCAAUCACAGAUAGAAAACGAUUUUCUCCGACCUCAACCCCCAGUGAUCAUGGGCAGCCUCUCUGAUAUCUGGUGGUCAUGGCGGAAGGCAAGCACUCAGAAGGACCAGUUCACCCCAACACUACUCACGCUCACCCUCGCCGUCCUUUUCAUCUUCUGGUUCGUAUGGUUGCUCAAGAAAUCAAGAAACCAAAACCCUCCAUUGCCGCCAGGCCCGCGACCUCUGCCACUCCUAGGGAACCUUCCAUUCCUGGACCCUGACCUCCACACCUACUUUGCUAAUCUUGCUCGGACCUAUGGUCCCAUCUUUAAGCUCCAUCUCGGAAACAAACUAGGCGUCAUAGUGAGCUCGCCAUCCUUGGCUAAGGAGGUCCUCAAGGACCAAGACACCACCUUCGCCAACCGUGACCCACCAAUCGCAGCACGUGUAGCCACAUACGGCGGCAUAGACAUCGCAUGGAGUCCGUAUGGACCGCAGUGGCGGCUGCUGCGCAAGGUGUGCGUGCGCGAGAUGCUCGGCAACGCCUCCCUCGACGCAGUUUACGGCCAUCGCCGUCGAGAGAUCCGUCAGACUAUCAGCUAUAUUUACAGCAAGUCUGGAUGUCCGGUGAACGUGGGUGAGCAGAUGUUCCUCACCGUACUUAAUCUGAUCACGAGUAUGUUGUGGGGUGGCACCGUCGAAGGCGGGAAGCGAGAUAGCCUAGGCGCUGAGUUCCGGCGACUUGUCGGCGAGAUGACUGAGCUUUUGGGUAAGCCCAAUGUUUCGGAUUUCUAUCCCAGUCUGGCCCGCUUUGAUAUACAAGGCGUGGAGAGAGACAUGAAGGCUCUGUUCCCGCGAUUGGACCAGAUCUUCGAUUCAGUCAUCGAUCAUCGACUGAAGAUGGACGGACAGGGCGGGGAAGAGUGCCAUGAUUUUCUCCACUUUCUUCUGAAGCUCAAGGACGAAGCAGAUUCUAAAACCCCUCUCACCAUGCUCCACCUCAAGGCCUUGCUCAUGGAUAUGGUGGUGGGUGGGACUGAUACGACCUCAAACACAGUGGAGUGGGCGAUGGCAGAGAUGAUGAACAAACAAGAGACAAUGAGGAAGGUCCAAGAAGAGUUGGACAGAGUGGUGGGACGAGAUAACAUAGUUGAAGAGUCUCAUCUUCCCAAACUGCAUUACCUGCCGGCGGUGAUGAAAGAGGUGCUCCGCCUACAUGCGGCGCUCCCGUUGUUGGUUCCUCACUGCCCAAGCUCAUCUUGCACCAUCGGCGGUUACUCUGUUCCGAAGGGUGCCAGGGUCUUCGUAAACGUGUGGGCUAUUCACAGGGAUCCUUCUAUUUGGGAGAACCCCUCAAUAUUUGAACCAGAGAGGUUUCUCAAUGAUAGAUGGGAUUUUAAUGGUAACGACUUUAACUAUUUCCCAUUUGGCUCUGGAAGAAGAAUAUGUGCAGGGACGGGAAUGGCAGAAAGGACGGUAAUGUAUACACUGGCGUCUCUGUUGCACUCAUUCGACUGGAGAUUGCCGGAAGGUGUUGCAGAGGUUGACCUUUCUGAAAAGUUUGGAAUCGUCUUAAAGGCGGCGACCCCACUUCUUGCGGUUCCCACACCAAGAUUGGUUGAUACAGCUCUAUAUUUGUAGGAUAGAGAUGAAGAGUGUUCGACUGUUCAAACAGGGGAAUGAUAUGAUCUGUUAGAUGGUGUCCAUCGGAUGGGGUGUCACUGUCACAGGCUCAAUUUGAUGGACCCCAUCAAAUUGAGAUUGGAGAUGGGAACUGUUCAACUUUUCAAUUGUUCAAAUGGGGGAUGGGAAUGAUAAGAUAUGCUAGAUAGUAUCGGUGGAAUGGAUCAAAGCUUAUUAGGGAUGUAAACAAAUAGCCAAAAAUAUAAAUUCGAUUUGUAUCGGUAUAUUUGAGACAUGGAUUAAAAGCAUGUUGUA